AUGGAGUCAGCAUAUCUUCAAAAGCACCUUGGGAAAUGUCUAACUCAAGGUCUUGCGGAAGUGGCAAAACAUCGCCCAGUGGACCCAAUAGAAUAUCUAGCAUUGUGGAUGUAUAAGUAUAAGGAAAAUGUGACCAUGGAGGAGCUGAGACAAAAGGAAAUGGCCGACCUGCAGCAUGAAAGGGAAGUAGCCCGGCUGGAGCAGGAGCGGCUGGAGAGGCUCAAAGCGGAGGAGCUCAUGUUUCAGCAGCAACAGCUGGCCUUACAGCUGGAGUUAGAAAUGCAAGAGAAAGAGAGGCAGAGAAUAGAACAACAGAGAGCUCAAGAACAAUUAGAGAAGGAGAUGAGAAUGCAUAUGGAAAAUCUAGCCAAGGGUGAAGGCGGUUCACUUUCAGAGGUGAGAGAAAAAGUUAUUCUAUCAGCCAAGACGCUAGCGGAGAUCAGUGACCGCUAUGGGGCGCCUAACUUGAGCCGAGUAGAAGAACUUGAUGAGCCCGUACUAUCGGAUGUUGCCUUAAACAUUGAUCAAGAUUUGUAG